ACAACUGACGAGGCUAGACGACGUCAAGAGGAGCAUAUUACCUGCAACGGCAGAACGAACUCGGUGAACCAACAGGUGAUUGGCAUGGCGUGCAGCUGCAGGAGAUGGCGAGAGCAGGUGCUGGUGGUGGGAGUGCUGAUGCUGCUCCACUCCCAUGUUCUCACUGGAGCAAAGAAAAUCAACAUCGCUGCUGGCCAGGCGAUGCGGCUGGAGUGUCCCGGAGCCGAGGGGCUGAACGUGACGUGGAGGCGAGGGGAAGGCCCACCGCUGGAGGCGCUGCCUGGGGUGGAGCUCAGGGACGACGCGCUGUGGUUCUUACCUGCUCGGCCCGAGCACAGCGGAUUAUAUAUAUGCAAAGUUGAGUUUUCCAUUAACAUAACGCUUAACGUGGGGAGCCAGUCCUGUCCUGAGGCAGAUCAUGAUGUCGAUGAGACGUUGACUACAUCCGCUUGGCUACCCUGCGCGAUGCGACACAUCUCCCGUGUGUUCCCACCCACCUCCAUCACCUGGCUGAAGGAGUGUAAGCCUUUGGAGAGAGCCGACAGCUCCAGUAUGCUGUUGCCGUUUCUAGACUUGAAAGAGACGGAUGCAGGAAACUACACCUGUGUACUGAACUUCACCUACGAGGGCAAGAACUACACAUCCGCCCGCACCGCCCAGCUCGUUCUUCACGAUAUGAUCCUACCAAGGAAACCGGUGAUUAUAGUCCCUGAUAACGAGACACGAGUCGUGGAAAUGGGUUCUCGGCAAGAGCUGCGCUGUGAGGCCACCAGCUCUGAAGAUGAUGUUACUAUGAUAUGGUGGCUCAUGAAUAAGACCGCCAUCACGUCCCCUAACUCAGACUUUAACGUCAGUGAAGUAGACUUAAGUAAAACAUGUGUGAACACUCUGACCAUCUACGAGGUUCAACCAAAGUUUCUCAACAUCCCAUUUGUUUGCACUGCUCGGAAUGAUAUGGGCGAUGACAAAGUUACAGUAGUGCUUGUGCAAGCAAAUCACAGACACUUUUACUGGCUGAUUGCGUUGGUGUGUCUCAGUGGACUGGUGAUGGUUUGCAUCCUGCUCUACUGGUUCUUCAGAAUUGACCUGGUGCUGUUCUACCGCAGCCACUGCGUUGGACGGCCCAAACACAGUGAUGGUAAGCAAUAUGAUGCAUAUGUUAGUUACCCUUGUGAGGGACAGGGUGAUUCCAUGGCAUUGACCUUUGCUCUCCGGGUUCUUCCUGAGGUUCUGGAGGAUAAGUACGGCUAUAAGCUGUUCAUCAGAGGCCGGGACGACAGCCCAGGGGAUGAGGUGUUUGAUGUCGUUGAAGAUGCUCUGAGGAGAAGCCGCAGGUUUAUCAUAGUGCUGGAUGAGGCCCCGAGUGAAACACUCUCCAAUGCUGGAAAACUCAACAAGACUAACACACACGUGCAAAUGGCCACCCAAACAGAAACCACCAUUAGCCUUGCACAACCAGACACACACACGCCCAUGCUGCAGGACACACACACACACGUCCAUGUGGUGCCCCGGGCCGUGGGCAGUGAGCAUUUUGAGCGAAGUGUGGGGGUUUAUAAUGCGCUUAUAUGCGCAGGGCCCAAAGUCAUCAUCGUCCAGAUGGGUGAGAGCUCCACAGGGAACAGCCUCCCCCUGUCGCUCCAAAUUCACACACACUCCAAACGGAUGCUUCGCUGGCCCAACGACACACGUGUUUAUUCCAAGAGAAGAUUUUGGAAGCAGCUGAGAUACCUGAUGCCAGUCGCCCAGAUGCCUAGUCCCAACACAUCCAGCACGUGAGAACAAGCAUAGUCCCAACAUUCUUUAGAGGUAUUUGUCACAAUCAGGAUUAUAAGAAAGUCAAGUGUGAAGCUUCUCCCUGCCAUCUUAGUCCAAUUCAAUAUCCUUUCAGACAUUCUGCGAGCCCAGAAUUUCAACCACAACCAUGUUUUACUUUGUCUGUAUUUAUUUACUGUAAUUUUUUUUUAUUAAUCUAUGUAUUUAUUUAUUUAUUUAUUUUUUAAAUGUAUACUUAAUUUUGUUGAAUUGAAAAAUUAUUUUGAAAAUGUUAUUUCAAAAAUACUCCUUUAACAAUCGCAAAGUAAAAAUGCUCUCUAAGCAUAUUGA